AAGUUUCUGCAGGAAGAUAAACAAACCAAAUUUUAGCUUCAGAUACUGAAGAAAUUAUUUGGGACUCUAGUCUUUAAAAUAGUGCUUAAUAAUGGUCUAUGAGUUGAAAUUACGGGCAUAGAUCACGAAGAUAUUAUGGAAAAAUAACACCUAUGGCGCUUUGGGUUAAGGGGAAGGACGAGAUGUUAAAAAAUUCAUAAUUAUGUGGUUUUAUGAAACUAAAAAGUUUUCGCAAAGUAAUAUUGAGGGAUAUAAUUUUAAUUAUUCCACUACAUAUUACACAUAAAUGAUAUGUGUGGGUAGUAAUAGACUUGGAUUUGGGGUAGUAUAUUAUAAAAAUGGAAACAUUUUUUACCAUAAUAUUGUUUAUUAAUACGGAAAUAAAGGAAAUUUCAUAAGAUAAUCUAUUUAUAAAAAGGGAACACAUUUUAGUUAAUGUUCAAAAGGAAAAUAAUAAUUUGAAAAAUUAAAAUCUUUUUGUAGUUGAAUUGUUAUAUAUUUUUUGACAUUAGAUUAUUUCCAUAUAUAUUAUUAUUAUUAAAUGUUGCGUUAUUUUAUUUAAAUAAAUAUAUUAUCAGUAAUAAUGUUUUUAUAGAAAAUAA